CUCUUCUUCGCUGUUGUGACAUAAGAAAAGUGAAUUAUCGUCGCUAUUUACAAUGGAAGUAAAUUUGGUUGAAACAAUGUUUGAAGCCAUCUCUACCGCGGAUGAGGAAACUCUAACACAUUGCCUAAAGCAGGCAACUAUCGAUACCGUCCUACAAUUCGGCCGGACCUACGGGGAAUCACCAAUGCAUUUGUGCGUGAAAAUAGGUGGCAUGAGUCAUCUCGGCGUAGUGCGUUGUUUAAUGAAAAGUGGACUGUUUGAUUCUACCGUCGUUGAUGGUGAAGCCGAUACAGUGCUCGAGUGCGCAUAUAAGAACAGAGACAGUGAACUUAUCAAUGAACUGAUAAAAAUGGAAAUUGAGGGUCUUCAUGGUCCCGAUGCAUACUACAAGAUUUUGAGACACAAUUCGCUGGCUGUGUUCAAAAUAUUUCUCUCCAUCAGCAACCAUAGAGAGGAGGAAAGCUUUGAAAACAUUACUGGUGCGUUGAUUCAGCUCAACGUUAAAAGCUUCGUUCUAAUGGAUGACUUACGAAUCUUCACUAUGUGGAAGCUAUCGGAUUAUGCGUACCGACACUUAUCGGGAAACUGGCAUGGCGUGAAAAAUCCGAACGAAUGGAAGCAGCAUAUAGAUGUUGCAUGCAGUUGUUGGAGUGUUAUUAGCCAAAACCACGACACCCAGUGCCAUGCGGAUGUAGAUAACCAGUUAUUGCAUCAGUUGCAAACUAUUCACAACCAUUUGUACUUUCUCAAGCACAAACAGUUUCUUGGACAUCUGCCGAUGCAGGAGGUAAUUUUCUAUGUGGCAAUAUUCAUAUCCAUCUUCAAAAAUAGUUCCCAGUUUCGGGAAUACCGGCUCGUGGUGAACAAAUGUAUGGUGGUAGAAUUCCUACGAUCGAUUUGUUGGCAGCUCGAUAUGGCAAAAGCUUUCCUUGAAAGCAUGGAAGGGGAACUGAUCCUGAUUAUAACAGAAAUGGUUACGCAGGGUGCAUCGACUAAAGAUCGAUUAAUCGAAGAGCUGCUGGUGAAAAUUGAAUCCUCAAAAAUGUCGAAUCGGGAAUACUUGGUAAAGCAAUUUAGGGAAAAAGUUAAUAUGCUUGAACCAACCAAUAAGGAUAUUUUGAUAAAGGAGAUGAUGGAAAAAAUUAAAAAAAUAGAUAAAAAGUGGAUCGAGAAAAAGCAGGAGGAAAUAAAAGCAGCAAAUAGUGCUGAUAAAAGCUAUUUAAUGGAGCAGAUAGGAAAAAGAUUGCCACAUGUGGUGCAUCCUCAGAAUGUAGCCAAUAAAAUGAUGGCUGAGUGGAAGAAAGGGAAAGGUGCCGAAAACAUCGUGGCAGAUAUUAUUUCCGGAGAGUCGUUUGAUUUCAAACAUCUUUUGCGUGGCAAGGACCGCCGCGUUAUUAGAAAGCUGAAGAAGUGUUAUAUUAAAACUAAGCAGUUUUACUCUUUGCACAAAAUCGUUUUUUAUUGUGAUCAGAUUUUACAUACGAAAACGACAAAAAGUAUCAACUUAACAGCAUGCAUGAAGCGAGUGGUUCAGGUGAUAGGGGAGGCAAUAAAGAAUACGCAAAACUCUGCAAACAUGCCAGGAAUGGCUGGCAGUGCCGUCCGUACAAUGUUAACCAAUCUUUUUCCCGAUUUGAACAGAUUGUUGCGCGAAGUCUUCUCACACGGAACAUCCCUGAAAAAGGUCCUUGUUGGAGAAGAACAUGAAACAUGGCAGAGUAAAACGUUUCACAAGCACAUGCCCAUGGUAAGGGCGGUAUUUUAUUUGCUUUACGUUAUCGUCGUGGUGGAUAUAAGACAUUCCUUUUACGGCCAGAUGCGCAGCUGUGGUUCGAUGAAGGAGCUGCGAUCACUACUGCUAUACGUUGGCGAAACGGAUGAGCUAGCAAGGCGCCAAGAAAGCUUCUUUGAAUCUGUGAAAAAAUAUUUUCAGGAGGCUAAAGCAACAUUUACUGAACUGAGAAAGCUACCGAUCGGAGAAACGCCACAUUUUAAACACUUACAAACGCAAUUGGAAGUAAAAUGUGGCUUCUUCCAAGAAGUCGAUAAAUAUUUUACCGAAGACGACGGAUUUAGUUACAAUAGCAUACGGAGAGCAUGCUUUUCGAGUAGUGAUUUUUCAUCGAUCCGGCGGCUCCUCGAUUGGAAGCUAACGAUGAGCUGGGCGAACUCAUUCUUCCGUAAGAUCAGGCUGGCUUGGAAGACUAGCCACGUGGAAUCGAUGCCUAUUGAAUGGAUGGACCAUCGGGUGCUGUCUUACAAUCCUUCCGUAAUUGCUGGCAUUCUUAAAAAUAAAUCCAUGAUUAUGGAUUGUGUGGAAGCGUUCGAGUACCCUACAUAUGCUCGCGAACUGGUGCAAGCUGCUGGCAUAGAAGGUACACUACAAGAGGAAGAUAUUGCACAGUUGAACAAACGGCUUAAAUCCUACUAUAAUAAUAUGUUCUUUAUCGACAACAAAUGCAAGGUGCUAGAGUCUUUUUGCAAUGAGCAGAAAUUGCAUUUAGACAAGGGUCGCUUACAGCAACUAGUGAAACAGGAUAAGGCGCGUUUGCAGGAGAUUUUCGAUGCUUACCGCAGCAAGCUAUUCUCCAUUCUCAAGGAGCAUAAUUUGUCAACAAUUGAUGGGUUGGUUUCGCGGAUGUUUUAUCUUCCGACCUAUACCCUUGCUGCGAUCGAGUAUUUGCAGCUCGAGCUCUGUGAGAUGUUGUACGCAGUGGGAUACUUUGGCGAUAGCUUUCAUUACAUGAAACAUCGCAUUCCAGUUAUACAGGGGAAAAACUAUCGCAAUUUUCUUGCACACGAUUGUGUGUCGUACAAUGUACUAACCGACAGUUUGAUGGAGAAAGUGGUAAUUAACGCUUUUGUGUUAGCAACCACCGAGAUCCAGCUGUUUGCAAACCAUCGAAGCAAAGACAUCACAUUCAGUUUUCCAUCAUUGGAUGAAAUGCAGCAGUGGGUUGAUGUGCAACAACAAUUACUAGCAGCAUUCCAAACUAAAGACUAUCGAAAGAUGCAUGCUAUAGUUCAGGCUGGUGGUGAAAUUAAGAGCCUCUUCUGCUCUUCUCCGAACGCUUCGCAUGUGACUCCCGACUGUUAUAAACUUAACAUGCUUGUAAAUCCAUGUGGUGUAAUUCCAACCGUUGUUGAAUAUCUCGAACGAUACUUUGCAGGAUUCAGGGAUCAGCGUUUAAAAUUAGAUUACCAAUUGGAAAUUGCGUUAAGAUUAAGGGAUUACCAAGCAGCCUUUGAUCUUUCCAUCGGACGCGGCAAUCGACUGAUUCGAGACGAGCUAUUCGCAUGGCCGGAGCUCAUGAGCAAUCUGCAGAAGAAUGAACUGUUUGUUCAUCCCAUAGCCGCUGUUAACUGGUCUGUUGUGUUGAGUAAACUCGUAGAACACGGUAACGAACAGGGAGUUCGAGAAAUACUGCCAUACUUUGAUAGUUUUUGCAGUACAAAUGAUCGAGGACCUCUUGGAGAUGCGAUGUUAUAUUGUGUACGAUCAAUAGCCGAAUUAUUACUGCCACGUACAACCGUACCGCACCCGGCGGUGAUUUUGCUGUCCAUUAUUCUUCACUGGGAUGAUGUUUUUACAAAUAUGAUGAAUAAAAUAGCUACUAACCCAGGAACAUAUCAGUUCCUUCUCGUUACUACUGCGCAGGCAAGAAAUUACACAGCGGCGGUAUAUUUGUUUGAGCAAGAUGCCCAUAUGGAGUUUCUUCCAGCGAUGUUUGUUGAAUGCGGCACAAUGGCCGUUCGUAGAGGCGCCCAGGAUAUAUUGCAACAUUUGCUUCAACGUUGUCCCACCUUGGCGAACCCAACAGGACUUGCUAAAAUUAUGCACCAAGCAGCACUAAAAAAACGCUGGAACUGCGUAGAUAUGUUGCUGGAUCAUGGUGCCCUAGCCGACGUUCUGUUCCCUAGCAAUUUCAAAGACGAGAACUGCACUUUGUUGUUGCUUGUUAAGUAUGGCCAAAACCGGUUGCUGCGGAAGGUUAUCUCCGUGAACUGUAAAACAUUUGGUGUUAACACAAUGCAUCCAUUUGCGGUCGCCGUUCGUCACGAGAAGGUGUCGCGUAAAAUGAUUUGUAACUUGAAUCGUUUAGGGUUUGAUUGGAUGGACAAUUCUUCGACAUUCCACGAGUCUCUUGAAAAUUCUAACAAACAUGUGCUAGAUAUUCUAUGGAGCCGAAUCAAUGAGGUACUCGUGCGUGUUGAAGAUCAUGCCGAUCGAGUUGAGCUGGGCAUACAUGUCUUACAGCGCUGGAAUAUGAUUGGAUUCGUGGAGGAAUCAACGAUAAGCGAAUCCUCGUUGUUCGUUGCAGUACGAAAAUCAAACAUACAUUUGGUGCAAACUUUGUUGGAUUGGAGCCGUAAAGCGCGUGUGAUAGAUGGAACGGGAAUUUUGCGUAGCAUAGCUUUUCAAAGGGAUUCAUCGAUCGCAUGUUUUGGCGAUAGAAGUCAUAGAAACAGCUUGUACGAUACAAGCAAGGAAAUAAUUGAUCGAAUAAAAACUUGUGCACGAAUGGAUGGGGGGCAGUGGCAGGAACUUAUGGUUGCAUCGUCAACACAAGUAACGUUCUCCGUGUUAAUAAACUUACAUGGAAUCAUCAAUCAUCCAGAAAAUUUGACCUUCGAUUUGAGAAAUUCAGAAUCAUUGCUCGAGAGCCUACGGGAUUUGUCUGGUUUCGCAAAUACUGCAUUGAGUCACUGUGCGAUAGUUUUUGCCCAAUUUCCUUCGCCAGAUGGAGGAACUAAUUAUUUUUGGCAAUGUAAGGAGAUCUGUGUUUUGUACAAUAUAUUGCCGCUGGGCAGCAAUAUUGAUUUGACUGAUAUGGUCAACUGUAGAGAUGCGAAAGGUGAAACACCACUGCAUAAAUGUUUUCCUAAGGAUACAUUAGAGAUGGUAAAAUUAUUGGUUGAGAAUGGUGCCAACCCUUUGCUCGCGGAUCACAGUGGCCUGGCUGCAAUUCAUCUUUCCCUUUUGAACUCGCUCGACUUUGCAGUAGGACGAUACUUAUUUGAUGAGAGCAUUAGGCGCAAGCUUUGCAACGAUAAGGGUAUGUCUGUUCUGGAACUAGACGAUGGCAUUCGUGUCAAUAGACUGAUACAUACGGUCGUUACGGUGGGUCGACGUGAUAUUUUGGAACGCUUAUUGCAAUACAACGUUGAUGUGACGCAGGUGAAUGGUAUCGGUGCAACACCAGUCAUACUGGCUGCAGGCUGUGGUGUUCAAAAUCCCUUGUAUAUGGUUAAAAUGCUUCUUGAUCACGAUUCCACUAAUAUUGAUGUGAUUGAUUUCCAGGGAAACACACUUCUACAUUACGCUGUCCGAUUAAAUUCUAUCAAAUUGCUAGAGCUAAUUCUGCAAUACAAACCCAAUCUAAAGGUAAAAUGUGAAAUAACUGCACUCGGUAGGGCCAUAUUAGAGAAGCAUGUAGAAUGUGCGAAGUAUUUGUUGAAUUAUGCGAUCGAGAAUAAGAUACGUGGGAUUACUACAAUAGAUGAGGAAGAUCUCGUAUGCUUUUCAUUGCUCUGCAAUAAUUAUGAACUUUCAAAGGCUAUGCUUGAAUACGAAUUGGAACAUUCGUUAGAGGAAAUCGGUGCUGGCGAUCUGUUACGAAUAAAAGCUAUCCUUGAUGGCCCAUUUCUAGAAAGCUCAAGUUUAUCAUUAAGGACCGCUACAAUUGCCGACAAGAAGAGCAGAGCUCCCGGCGAAAUGCAAAUAUAUAAGCAGGAUCUGAUGAAGAUCGAGGAGUCGGAAAAGAAAUAUCGCGAAUAA